AUGAGCAUCGACCCACGACGACUUGUAGGCAUAAAAGCUGAACGCGUCACGGACGUAUCGAGUCGUGACUUUCCUGGCUACUAUCCAGACGAGGACAACUCCUGGAAUCUAGACGCAUUCAAAGAGAAUCUUACCGUAAAAAUUUAUCGCGUCUCAAACCGGUCGAUCGACUUUGACCUCGUUGGUGUCGAUGCUUCCAUAGCCAAUGCAUUCCGGAGGAUCAUGAUAGCAGAGGUUCCGACUGUAACUAUAGAAAGUGUCUAUGUCUACAACAACACCAGUGUGGUUGUAGACGAGGUUUUGUCUCAACGAAUUGGCUUGAUCCCUUUGAAUGUCGAUCCAGCCAUGAUGGAAAUGCGAGUGGGUGACGAAGCUACCGACAGAAACACCCUUGUCUUUACCCUCACAUUGGGAUGCACGCGAAGAAAAGAUGCACCAAAAGACUCUACCGAUCCCGCACAACUCUACGAAAACCACGAACUUCUUUCCCGUCACCUCCUUUGGGAGCCGGCUGGUGAACAGGAAGCCGUAUUCGCGGCCAAACCGCCAGGUCCACUGAAUCCUGACAUCGUUUUGGCAAAACUGCGACCAGGUCAACAGAUCGAGAUGACGCUACAUGCAAUCAAAGGUGUUGGAAAAGACCAUGCAAAGUUCAGUCCAGUUGCUACGGCUUCUUAUCGACUACUGCCUCAUAUCAACAUCAAAAAGACCAUUCCACCUCACCUAGCCGAAAAAUUUCAAAAUUGUUUCUCCCCUGGAGUCAUCCGUGUUGACCCUCGAACAAAAGCGGUCAGUGUGGACGAACAAGGUGUAAGAAACGAUACUGUCAGUCGCGAGGUUCUGCGACAUCCUGAGUUCGAGGGCUCCGUCGAGCUUGGUCGGGUCAGAGACCAUUUCCUCUUCAACAUAGAGUCAGAGAGCGCCUACCCUCCGCAAAGACUUUUGCUGGAGGCAAUCUCCGUUAUGCGUGACAAAAUAGCCAACAUCAAGCGUGCGGCGGAAGCUUUGCUUGACCGGCCUGCAGAUGAAGAUGUCACAAUGGGUUAA